AUCACCUUAAAACCAUAGGUAUCGUUGGAGCGAUACAAAGCAAUGAUUUCCCUUUAAAACGCGAGAAGAAGAUCUACAAAUAAAUGUGAAAUAUUCGGUAAACAAAUUUCAAGUGCUGUAAACAAUUAAUUUGAAAUAAAACUGAAACUGUGAAGCUAUUUUAGUGAGAAUAGUUUGUGAGUUUUUCGAACGUGAAAUGUUGUCAAUUUGAGUAAUUUAAGUGGCGAGUUGUGUAAAAAAAUAGGUUGCAAAAUGAGUUUAACUAAAAAAGCGGCCGAGAAUGAUGCUACUAAAGACAGAAAGAAUGACAAGGACAGUCCUUGUUACUUCUGCAACGAGCUAUUUGAGAUGGGACAGCUUCAGAAUCAUUUGAAGCAGUGUGGCAGCAUCCUGGAGCAGUGUCCUCUGCGAUGCGGCGCCUGGAUCCAGCGCAAACACAGGGAGGCGCACGUCAAAGACUGCCCGCAAAUGGAGAAGACUCGCCCGGCUUCAUCGGCGACAUACGCGCGGCAGCCUGACCCGCUGCCUACGGGGCACACGUGGUCUCCACGGUCCGUGCCUCUGGAUGAUUGCGUGUCUUUUCUGGAGAAGGAAGUCGCCACAAUCAAGCUAGUUCUCACCGAAGAGUCCAGCCGUCGCGACGUCCAGUCCACGGAGCUGGAGACGCUCCGUUCUAAACUUAUACUGGUGGAAGAACAGAGCCAGCACUUCCUGUCCAACCUGGUCUCCUUGCGAGCAGCGGUCGAUGACGAGGCGGAGCGAGCUGCCAACUGGGCCGCGCAGUUCAAACAUGACUUGGCUAACGUGCAGCUGGCAUUGCAGGAGUUGCAGAGCCAGCAACUGUCGACGGUGAUGCGGCUGGAGAGCGCGGUGAACAGCCUGCUGCAUGAACAGCGCGAAAGGGAGCUGCUGGAGCAAGCCCUGACCCAGCACGAUAACAGGAUACGCGCCGUCAAUAAGAUGGAGGAAAUGAUAGAUUACAUAAAGAGGACGGUGGAGGACGAACGAGAGAGGAACGCGGAACAGCGUGCGGCAUUGGAAGCAGAGCUGAUGGAGGCACGACGGUCUUCGCAGCAGUUGACCCAGCUGUCAGCUUUAAGACUGCAGCUACAGGACGCCGCCAGUGAGAGGCCGGGUAUAGACCGGAUAUCGGUGCUGGAAGUAGCCACGGCAGACGUUCGCGCCGAGGCAUCUGAACACGCGGCCCGUAUGGACGUGAUCACACGGGAUCUGCGAGCCCUCACCAAGUCUUAUCUGAAACUACGAGGCGAGCUAGCAGACUUCCAAGCCAGGGUCAGCUUCCAAGCCAACGAGAUCGGCAGCGAUGACGGACACCUUAUAUGGCGAAUAGACAACUUCACAUCCCGUAUGAAGGAGGCAAAGGAUAACGACACUGUAUUGAGCAGCCCUCUAUUCCGCACCAGUAAAUACGGAUACACUUUAAAGGCCGAACUUCAACUGAACGGUAUAGGCAAAUGGAAAGGUCGCCAUAUGACUUGCACCGUGCGUACAAUUAGUUCGCCGCACGACGCAUUACUGGAGUGGCCCUGUGACAUAAGCAUCACCAUAGCACUGAAGGACCAGCCAGCCAAUAGAAACCAGGCUAUGGACAUCGUAAAGUCUCUCCAAUUGAGACGCAAAUCAUCAUCCAAGCGGCACGACUACGACUCCGUAGACCAGGAGGGAGAGAAAUCGCGAUCCACGGAAACUUUAGACCGGGCGCGGUCCACGGAAACAUUGGACAAAACAGUGCUACAAUUGAAACGGCAGUACAUUUUCAUACCGCACACUAGCUUGGACAAAUUCGAGUAUAUAAAGAAUGACGUUGUCUUCUUUGAGUUCGUGACGGAAAAGUGACUUUUGUAAGAGCUAUAGAUCUAAAGAUUAAUGUUGCAUGUAAAAUAGGGUAUUUGACAGUGUUAAAAAUAAAGUGUCAAUUGUUAACAUCUGUGUUUAGAAUGAAUAUUGGCAGGGGUUUUUAAUAUUUUUACAAAAUAAAUAUUCAUAUAUUUGGAGUUUACUCCUUAAGAAUCGAUUUGCGUACAUAAGGUGCCCGGUAUGAGAAAAAUGUGAGGAGUAAAAUCUAUCGAUGAAUGACAUUAAUGACCUCGUUACGUCUUUGUGCGCAACCUCAUCUGCGCACCUUUCACUUUUAGCCAUGGCAACGGAUAAAAAACUUUAAGUAGUCACAAAUGUCAAUAAAAUAAAUAAACUAAAAAUAGAUAAAAUCGGAGCAAAAUUAAUGAAAACA